CUGGACCAAGAGAGACGGAGACAGAAAGACAGAGAGAAAGAGAGAAAGAGAGAAAGAGAGAAAGAGAGAGUAUAUGUUUUUGUUCUGGGGCAGAAAGGCUCCUGCCUCAGGAUGUUGCCUUUAAAGCUGAAGAAGUGGGUUUCCUGUGGAGGAAACGAUCACAGAAUAGACAAGGCUUGGUCGAGACACCGUGUUCCCAACAUUUCUUGAGCACAGGUCACCCAGCUGCAGAGCGGGCAGCACGCUUUUGUGGGACAAAGUCGGUCUCACAGCCUCGAGAGGUGAGUGAAAACUUCUUGGUUUGGAUUAUAUUGUUUACACCUUCUGACACUAAACCAUCUGACAAUUCUUUUGACUUCUGCUCUGCAGGUGUUUGUCUCCCCUGAUGGAUCCUGGAUGCUUUGGAGAUUGGUUGACUGACAGCACGUAAUCUGAGCCUGACCUUUUCCAAAGGAGAAUGCAUUUAUGAAUAAUAUGCAAUGGACAAACGACAAGUGGAUGCAUCAAACAGAUGCAUCAAACUAAUCAGAGUUUGCUUUGAGUGAAUGAAUGGGUAUUUCUACACCAACUCAUCAUCCUGCAACUGCCAAUCCAUGUCUGAAUAAGGUCAUCUGUAGUUCUCCAUGUCAGGUGCUUUUACCAACAGAGACAUGUCCAAUGACAGCUGCAACCUCCCGUUUGACACGGACACGUUUGGCCUGACCUGUAUCUAUGGCCUGAUCUUCUCUUUGGGUCUCCCCAGCAACCUGCUGUCUCUCUGGGGACUGUACCACCUGGGCCGCUCCGGUGGAGGAGGCUGCCAACUGGUCUACAUCCUAAACCUGCUGCUAUCAGACCUCCUCCAGCUGCUCACCCUGCCUCUGUGGAUCAUUUAUCUCCAAGGUGGUCACCGCUGGCCCUAUGGUCAGCUAACGUGUGAGCUGGUGGGCUACGUGUUUUACGUAAAUGUCUACGCCAGCGUCAUGUUCUUGUGCCUGAUAGCGCUGGAUCGCUGCCUGGCAAUCGUGUACCCACUGAGCAGCCGCAGGGUGCGAAAUGUCCGGGUGGCAGCAGUGUCCGGCCUGGCAGUUUGGACCCUGACCUUCCUGUUCUGUCUUACCGGGUUGCUGCCGUCAGUGUUUGACUCGGACAGACUGCUGUGUCUGGAGCAGUACCCCGUCAGUCCUAGAUACGCCCACUUCAAGAUCACAACGGUGGCCCUGGGCUUCCUGCUGCCAUGUUCCAUACUUGGCUACACCUCAGCCCACAUUGGGGUGACACUCCGACGAUCUCCUUCUCUCUCUGACCAUGAGCGGCACAAAAUCGUGGGCAUCCUAGUCGUGAUCACCGUCAACUUCAUUGUUGUGUUUGGACCCUAUCACCUGGUGGGCGGAUACAGAUUUGUGUCCUUGCUGUUGACUGACGAGCCGUGUGGAAUGGAGCGUUCCAUUUUCCUCAUGUAUCGCCUGUGCUACGGUCUGACCAGCCUCAACACCCUGCUGGAUCCCCUCUUCUACAUCUUCCUGUGCCCUGAUGCCCGGAUAGAGCUGCAAAGAUCCCUGCCCUGUUUGGGAGGGGGUCAAAGCACACGCAAAAAGAUUAGCCUCAGUAUCAGAGCUCCGUCACACAACCAGGGGGAGAGAGAAACUGGACACAAUGAUCUUCUAGAAAUAUAACUUGGAUUUGACCACAGAGCUGAGCUCCUGGUAUUUAGUCAAUGCAAGAGUGCCACCAAGUGGAGGUGCAUGUGAACAGUGUGUUUCAACUCCCAGCAAAUACAUUCUUUUUUUCAGGGGGAUUCAACCUCAUCAGCUAAAGGACUUCUACUGGUUCAAUUUUCAGUUACUCGUGAUGAUCUAAAUACUGUUUCAGAGGAUGAAAAUAGAAGCAUGUGUGUGAAGCACACAGGUCACAAAGUGCAACUGUUACUGAUGUAAACUCAUCACUAUUUAAUUCAGUACAGAUAUGCCAAAAUCCGUUAUUUUGU